AUGGCUGACAUGCAAAAUCUGGUAGAAAGAUUGGAGAGGGCAGUGGGCCGCCUGGAGGCAGUAUCCCAUACCUCUGACAUGCACUGUGGGUAUGGAGACAGUUCAUCAAAAGGGGCAAUUCCAUAUGUGCAAGCAUUUGACUCACUGCUUGCUGGUCCUGCGGGAGAGUACUUGAAGAUCAGUAAAGAAAUUGGGGGAGACGUGCAGAAACAUGCGGAGAUGGUCCACACAGGUCUGAAGUUGGAGCGAGCACUCUUGGUUACAGCCUCUCAGUGUCAGCAGCCAGCAGGUAAUAAGCUUUCUGAUUUGUUGGCACCCAUCUCAGAGCAGAUCCAAGAAGUGAUAACUUUUCGGGAGAAGAACCGAGGCAGCAAGUUGUUCAAUCACUUGUCAGCUGUCAGUGAAAGUAUCCAGGCCCUGGGCUGGGUGGCUAUGGCUCCCAAGCCUGGUCUCUAUGUGAAAGAAAUGAAUGAUGCUGCCAUGUUUUAUACAAACCGAGUCCUCAAGGAGUACAAAGAUGUGAAUAAGAAGCAUGUAGACUGGGUCAAAGCUUACUUGAGUAUAUGGACAGAGCUGUAGGGUUACAUUAAGGAGUUCCAUACCACUGGACUGUCCUGGAGCAAGACGGGGCCUGUGGCAAAAGAACUAAGUGGAUUACCAUCUGGCCCCUCUGUUGGAUCAGGCCCUCCUCCCCCAGUCCCCACCAGUUCAGGCUCUGAUGAAUCUACAUCCCGUUCAGCAUUGUUUGCGCAGAUUAAUCAGGGGGAGACCAUCACACAUGCCCUAAAACAUGUAUCUGAUGACAUGAAGACUCACAAGAACCCUGCCUUGAAGGCUCAGAGUGGUCCGGUACGCAGUGGCCCCAAGCCAUUCUCUGCACCCAAACCCCAAACCAGCCCAUCCCCCAAACCAACCACAAAGAAGGAGCCAGCUCUACUUGAACUGGAGGGCAAGAAGUGGAGAGUGGAAAAUCAGGAGAAUGUUUCCAGCCUGGUGAUUGAUGACACAGAGCUGAAACAGGUGGUUUACAUAUACAAAUGUGUCAACACCACAUUGCAAAUCAAGGGCAAAAUUAACUCCAUUACAGUAGAUAACUGUAAGAAACUUGGUCUGGUAUUUGAUGACGUGGUGGGCAUCGUGGAGAUAAUCAAUAGUAGGGAUGUCAAAGUUCAGGUAAUGGGUAAAGUGCCAACCAUUUCCAUCAACAAAACAGAUGGCUGCCAUGCUUACUUGAGCAAGAAUUCCCUGGAUUGUGAGAUAGUCAGUGCCAAAUCGUCUGAGAUGAACGUCCUCAUUCCUACGGAAAGUGGUGACUUUAAUGAGUUUCCAGUCCCUGAGCAGUUCAAGACCCUAUGGAAUGGGCAGAAGUUGGUCACCACAGUGACAGAAAUUGCAGCGUAAGCGAAGUGCCACUGGGUUCUUUGCCCUCUCCCUUCACACCAUGGGAUAAAUCUGUAUCAAGACAGUUCUUUUCUAGAUUUCCUCUACCUUUCUGCUCUUAAACUGCUUCUCUACUCUGAGAAGCACAGCUACCUGCCUUCACUGAAAUAUACCUCAGGCUGAGAUUUGAGGUGGGAUAGCAAGUCAGUUGAUCUUGUGCAGGAAGGUGCAACCUUUCCAUAUCAGUUCAAUCACACCACCAGUCCAUUCUUAAUGAACUGCGGAGCAGGACUGGUGCCUUUCAGCUUUUGGCUUUGUGGGUGUUAUUCUACCAACAGACAGUCCUUUGAGAAGAAUAAAACAGUCCUAGGAAUUAACAGAUCAGAAUGUUCACACUAGUUAAUCUUUUUUCUGACAAUGAGCAUGAGGGCAGUAGAAGCUGGCAUUGAUUCCAGACAGUUCUUCUAACCAAACUAACUUUUCAAUGUUGACAAGUGAAGGCAAGGGUAGAACCAGAUGAAAAGCCGAGGCUUGGCCAUCUGGCGUUCCAAGCGAAUCGUUCCCUAUAAGCAUUCCUUUUAUUCUGCAUUCCAUCCUGGUCUGUUUCAACCAUGAGAUAGGAGGUUCUUUGGUACUAGCUACUGUAGCAGUGCCCUUCAUCCAGGGCUAUUAAAGGUGUCUUGGACUCUUUCUUUCUCUGGGCUCCCUGCCUAGCACCUUCCUACCUUUCCCUAAAGAUGUCUUUAAAGGAAAAACAACACAUCACUCCAAGAUGUCUGGCAUUCCUUCCUCUUUACCUGCUAGGUGCCUGUCAUCCAUCUUCACUGCCUCCUUUUCUCUGUCAUGCUCAACAACUUAACAGCUUCUGUUCAGGCACCUGAACCAGAGGACUAAAACCUCCCCUGCAGACUGGUUUUAGGUCUCAGUUGAUGUAAGAAUCUUACACAGCAUUGCUAAUAUAAAUUUCAGCCCCACCCCCACCCCGGACAAACAAUUACCAAAA